AACGGAAGAACCAAAAAGCCUUCUCACCGGGUAGCGCACGCGCAGCGCGGUCUCGGUUCAGAUUGGAGUGUGCAUCAUUGAGCAGUGUCGCUGUGACAAUUUCAUUACGAAUUACUUAAAGAUCUGACCUGACAUUCUCCAAACAUGGCCGAUGAGGGAUUUGUUGUGCGGGUUCGUGGAUUACCGUGGUCAUCAUCAGUGGAUGAAGUCUCCAGGUUCUUCUCAGGAAAUGAUUGUAAAGUGGCUAACAAUGGCACAGCGAUCAACUUUACCUAUACCAGAGAAGGCCGGCCUAGUGGAGAGGCUUUUGUGGAGCUGGAAACGGAGGAUGACUUGAAGAUUGCUCUCAAAAAAGACAGGGAAAGCAUGGGACACAGAUAUGUGGAGGUGUUUAAAUCAAACAACGUCGAGAUGGACUGGGUCAUGAAGCAUACUGGGCCUAGCUGCCCAGAGACUGAUGGGGACGGGCUGGUGCGAUUGCGUGGCCUGCCCUUUGGGUGCAGCAAAGAGGAGAUUGUCCAAUUCUUCGCAGGGUUGGAAAUCGUGCCAAAUGGGAUAACAUUGCCGGUGGACUUCCAGGGGAGGAGUACGGGGGAGGCCUUCGUGCAGUUUGCAUCACAGGAUAUAGCUGAAAAGGCUCUAAAGAAACACAAGGAAAGAAUAGGGCACAGGUAUAUUGAAAUCUUCAAGAGUAGUCGUGCUGAGGUCCGAACAAAUUACGAACCUCCCCGCAAAGCCAUGGGCGGCAUGCAGAGACCCAGCCCGUAUGACCGGCCCAGCGGCGGCGGUGGUGGCGGAGGCGGCGGCGGUGGGGGGCGAGGCUACAAUGGCAUGAGUCGAGGUGGCUCAUUUGACAGGAUGCGGCGUGGCGGCUAUGGUGGAGAUGGGCGCUACAGUGAGGGAGGUGGCUCAACUUUCCACAGCACGACCGGUCAUUGUGUGCAUAUGAGGGGACUACCAUAUCGAGCCUCAGAAAAUGACAUCUAUAGUUUCUUCUCUCCACUCAACCCAGUGCGUGUGCACAUUGAGGUUGGGCCUGAUGGCAGGGUGACGGGGGAAGCAGACGUGGAGUUUGCUACACAUGAGGAUGCCGUGGCGGCCAUGUCAAAAGACAAGGCCAGCAUGCAGCACCGUUAUAUUGAGCUGUUCCUAAACUCAACAGCAGGGGGCAGCAGUGGAGGCUAUGGCAGCCAAAUGAUGGGAGGAAUGAGCAGCCCAUCCUCUUACGGGCACAGUAGCCAACAGAUGAGCACUGGAUACCAAGGUGGCUAUAGUGGUCAGUCCAGCAUGGGCGGCUACAAUGACUACAGUAGCCAGAGCGGAAUGAACAGCAGCUACUAUGGCGGCAGUCGGGGAUCGGUCGGCAUGAAUGGCAUGGGGGCAGGCUGGGGGAUGUGAGGACUCAACAGAUUCCAGCAUGUUUCAGUGUUUUUUUGUUUUUGUUUUUUUGUUUUUUAGUUAGAUACUGUACAGACAACAUCUGUUAUGCCUGCAAGAUAAAACAAGGCCAAGGUUUUAUUUUUAUCCCUCUGUUCUGUAACCUUGUUACUAGAAUCGGUGCAUCCAUUUUAUUUUGACUUGUGAAGUGGAGAUAACACAUGGGUUGCGAAAAAUCGGUUCCGUCUGGCUUGAAGUUGCACAGUUUGUAACCCGUCCCAGCCAAGUGUGCUUUUUGUAUAUACGGUGAUGACUGCUUGUGACAGAAGCUACAAACAUUUCUAGCUCUUCCUCUCAUGAGGUCAAAUGUUCUUUACCUUUGGAUUUAAUAUCAACUUUUAUAAUGUCAACAAGCAUUGUUGGAAUAGUUUUCUGUUUGUUUUUGUAUUGAAACGGAAAAAAAUGUUUUUCUUCAUACGAAUUUAAUACAUGUGAUAUGCAUAUUUUUAUUAAUAUUCUUAAGGAUAUUUCAUUUCCUUCAAAAAUCUCUUGUUUGGUUGUCCACAGUAAAUAAACUUCUUCAACAAUG